CGGUUUCGGUUUGCUCCAAAUUUGCGAAUGAGCAACAGCCAGCAAUCCCGACUAGCUAAUGUCUCACCACAUCUUCACCACCCCAAGUACUUCUUGAUAAGUACAGUGUACGUCAUCUGGAGCGGCAAGGGUCCAUGCCAGACUUCCUCUGGAAAUAAGCUACCUUUCUUUGCAUCACCCCACAUGGCGAAGGUUUGGAUUGCUUAUUGAUCGCACGCGCAACAAGAUAACCAUACCUAAAGCGUCAUCCACAUUGGCUAAACCACGCUCGUCUCAUAGCCCAACCAUGAUUAUAUAUGCCCACGACCCAAUGAAUCGGCGAGCUCGAAAGCCAAUCACCCCUCAAGUCUUUAGGCAGGGGGUAUCCAUGAAGGCUAAGUUGCGACAAUUUCUACGGAAUAACAAACGACCCGCCAUCGUUGCUCUGUCAUCAUUAUCAGAUCCUCAGUUACAAAACAAGCAUUUAAGACACCACCUUAACCUUUUCCUUCUUUCUUUUUCGUUCGAUUUUCCACCCCCGCUCUGAAAGGAUACAUACCUCUGAUAUCCAGUAUCUCAUCCACAUUCAUACCAUCUGCUACUCGCUUGAUGUCUGGAAAUACGAGGCACGCCGCCAGCCCAGACGGAAGGGAAAGGGCUGGAGCAGAGCAUAUGCACGAUCAGCGAGGCUCAAACAUGCAAACUCACGAGUCGCCCCAGCUAAGAGAUCCUUUCACUGGACGCUCUCCUUCCACGGAUUCUGGCGUUAUCGAGGCCGAAUCUCCUACUCAAGGUGAUGCUCGGCGUUCUGACCCUUUGUCUACCUCUGAAUCAAAGUCGCCGCUGCGGGAUAGGCGCAUGAGCAAGGAGUGGGACGCCGCUAAAGUGCCUCCAUCGCGAUUUCAGAAGCCAGAAGGCAGCAUCUUCUCGACGUCCAGCUCGCGAGACAGCCACAUCACAAGACGGGAUCGUGAUGCUUCUUACCACGCCAAAUUGAAGGAGAAGGGUUGGGUGUGAGUGUCGCCGUUGAUUUAUGACGUCAUUUCUCUCGCCGCUUUAAAAAAUAAACAAGCUAGUCUCGCCAAGACACGAUAAAUGCGUCUGAUUUGCCAAGCGAUUGCUAUUCUGCAGCUGCACGGUUGCUACCAAUUGAUGCUCCCCACGGAUGUUAUUUAUGCCUUUUAUUCCAAUUGCCGCUACGAUAUCUUGGGGCUCAUUCGAUUCAAACGUUUUCUAUUCGGUUUGAUCAA